CCGCCGCACGGACGAGAGCUCGAAGCGCGACGUUUUCGAGUCGUUUGCUCGCUACAAGACCCCAUCAAAAUGUUGAGAGAGAUGGUGAAGGAGCGUCUGAUGGCGGCGGCCGACGAAAUAUUGGCGCUGUUUGAAAGAACGCUCGCGUCGUACGAGGAGGAACUUUCUCGAACGAGAGAGGAGAACGAGCUGCGUCGACAACAACUGGAAGCUGUGUACAAGACGCAUAUUAUGUUACGCGUCGAAGACCACCAGCGGAUGAUUGGUCGUCAAGAACGUCCCCCUCAGCCACAGGGGGAUUCCCUGCUCCCCCGCAUGAAAGAGGAAGAGGAGGAACUCUGGAUCACUCAGGAGGGAGAGCGUCCUCUCGGGUUGGAGGAGGCCGAUCUCACCACGUUGCCACUGACUGUCGUCUCUGUGAAGAUUGAAGACAAACCACAAGCAGACAACCUCUUAGCUCCGCUACCUGAGAACGACGACACAACGUCACACUCUCCUGAGGAUGAAGACAGGGGCCGCACCCGAGAACCUCUGAGCAGCAAUACAGACUGCGAAGGCGAUAGGAGGAUUUUCCCGGAAAAGAAGACGGGUAAAAAACAGCUGAGCUGCUCCGUUUGUGAUAAAAGCUAUGGUAAAAGGAGCACCUUGACUGGACAUAUGAGAACACACACAGGAGAACAUUUUACAUGCUCACUUUGUUCGAAAAACUUUACACAAAAGAGCCAUUUGACGCGACACAUGCGAACGCACACGGGAGAAAAACCCUUUAGUUGCUCAGUUUGCGAUAAAAGAUUCUCUCAAAAGGUGCAAGUGAUUUUCCACAUGAGAACACACACUGGAGAAAAACCUUUUAGUUGCUCAGUUUGUGGCGAACGAUUCUCUCGAAAGGAGUCAAUGCUGUCACACAUGAGAACGCACACAGGAGAGAAACCCUACAGUUGUUCAGUGUGUGGCAAAAGAUUCUCUGACAAAACUAAUAUGGGGAAACACACGAAAACACACACGCGGCAAAGAUCGUUUUGUUGCUCAGUUUGUGGUCGAGAGUUUGCUCGAAAGUCGAACAUGGAAUCCCACAUGAGCACGCAUGCUGGGGAAAAAACCUUUUAGAUGCUCAGUUUGUGGGAAAAGUGGAUCCGAUAAGAAAACUUUUCACACGUAACAGCAUGUGAACAUACAGUACAACUUUCACACCCCAUGCAUCGGGUCCUGACAUGAUUGAUCAGCGUUGCUAAAUAUGUUAUGUAGUGUUUGGAAUUGUGUUCCAUAUUGUUCCGUUUUUCAAAGCCAAAGGUAAACUAGCAAAAAUGACAUUUAUAAUUGACGGCGCCACCCAUGACGAGCUAGCUCUCGCUGUUCGGCCUCAUUUCCAGAAGUGACGUCAUGGGGGGGGGGGCGCCUCUCAGCUAAAGCGGAGUAAACAAACGCUUCUCCAGGUCAUGCCAAACUGCCGUGUUGCCUCUGGAUGUUCAUGGCAUCCCAGUCAUACUCUAAGUUUCUUUUCUUUUCCAAGAGGGGAAGCUUUAAGACAACAAUGGACGAAGCAAGUGCAGAGAACCGGAGACAGAUGGACGCCCACCUCCAGUUCUGUUCUUUGCAGUGAUCAUGGCUGCUUUGUAGGAACACCUUGACGAGAAGCAUUUGGCUUGAAAGUACGCAUUUUGAAAAAGGUUGCUAUUCCGCCUGUACGCAGGAAAAAAUCAUCAAAACAAGGAAGAAUGACCACUACGUCAAAAUUGCUAUAGAACAGAGUAAGUCAUGUCUUGUUUACAUAAUGUCUUCUAAACACUAAUCCAUGAUAGCGACAAGACUGCAAAGCAUUAUACAUGUGAUAUAAACAUCUUUUCACAGCCAUAUGUCCACAGUGGGGAGCUAUAAAGACCCCUUUACACUCAUUAAGAAGCCAAUUUAAAAGAAUCAUUGAAGGAUAAGGAACUCCAGAGUCAUUUACAUUCUUCAGGCUUAAGUCCAUGUUCUCAAAGUUCUGUUUCUCCAAAUAUUUCUUCCUCCUUGGAAACUAUUGACACGUCACUCAAAUCUUACGUGUAAUCACUGUAAGCAUCCUCUCUCUCACACACCGCCAUGUUUGUUGACCUGAGGGAUGGCGCCAAUUCUGUAAACGAGGCUAAAGUUGAUAGUAACUAAUAAAUACCUGUAUGUGUAGAGCUGCAACAGUUUGUCCAUUAUCCAAAAAACAAGUGUUUUGGUUUUUCACAAAUUGUUUUUUUAUUUGAAAAUGUAAAUACAUGUGAGUAUCAUUGGAUUUCCUUCGUCAUCCUUGAAAGCCUAGCUGUUAUCUUUGUGUUUUAGGUAAAACAAGAUAUCCGCGCACAUCAGCUUUGACGGGUGUUUUUUGCUACCGCUAGCUAAUUUUGCCUUUGCUUCACAUCGAUCGAAACAACAAGCUUCAGAUUAGUUGACUAAGGAUAAUGGUUAGUUGCAGCUCUUAUGUGAUAUGUGAUAGCAGAGCAUAACAUGUACAUGGAAUACAGGAAGUGUACAUAUAUAUAGCCUACAUAGGUACACGCAGUGCAUAAGGAGACUAAUACGUUUGCUGAACUGACGCAAGGAAGUGGCUUUAGCAGGAUUAGCUUCAACAGUGAAACUGUCUUAAGCAGCUUCCUCCGUCUGAGGAAUGGUUGUAGUGCUAAACCUGACGACCACAUCUGUACUUAUUCGUAGUAGUAGUAGUAGUAGUAGUAGUAGUAGUAGUGGUACAUCAGUGACAAUUAAAAUGUGUUUGUGUUGUGUCAAUUUGUAAUAAAACUGAAUGACAAGUGGUUUAAUCCUGUGUAUGGGACUCGUUCUAAUCUUGCAAACUUUUACGAUGACAAUUAGUCAGACUUGGUUCAGUUAGACUUCUAGGGUUU